AUGACUCCCAGCACGGAGCUGCAGUUUUCUGAUGGAACUGUUAAAAUUAUCAAAAGCAAGCUUGAACCAAUCAAAAUGCAAGUUGCUACCAGGAGCGGGAACAAGAAGGUAACACUAGUAUCAAACCUAGAAGCAUAUGGCUUCAACCUACUAGAAAUGGCGCGAGUGUGCCAGCACGGUGUGGCUGCAUCGUGCGGGGUCACAAGAACCCCUGGAGCAAAGUGUGACCAACUGAUGGUGCAGGGUGAUCAGACACACUUCAUUGCCAAACUGCUGAUUGAGAAGUAUGGACUGCCCAAGAAAUAUCUUGAAGGUGCCGAUAAAGCUUUAAAUAAGAAAAAGUGA